AUGGAUCUCCAUCGACCAGUUGACUCCAAUAAGACAUAUGAAGAGAUGACAGCAGAUGAAAAACUAAGAUACGAUCAUCAGAAGAUGCACGAGAUGCAUCGCGGCCACGAGUCGAUGCACACUACCAUGGUGAUGAUUCUCAUAGUGACGCUGAUCGUGGCGCAGGUCAUCGUCGUGGAAUGGAAGAAGAGGCAUUACAGAUCUUAUGCGUUCUUCACAAUGAUUGCGAUGUGGUCGAUACCGGUGCUGAUGAGUCUAAAGAACCAAUGGUGGCGAUUCAUAAUUAUAUGGACAAUCUUCACACUACUAACAGCCGUAGUUAUAAGGAAGUCUACUACCAAACCUAUGUCGGUAACUACACCAAGAUUGGUGUACAAAUGGUUUUACCUCAUAUAUAAAGUGAGUUGUUUCCUGGGCGUGUUCGGAUACGUAGCGAUGAUGCUCACUUUCCUCGGCUUGAACGUAAUGUUUGGCCACAAGCCACAACAGUGGAUGGACGUGGCGCUUAUGUUUUUGUUCUACGGGUUGUACUUUGGCGUGCUGGGCCGAGAUGUUGCAGAGUAUUGCACCGACAAGAUGGCCGCCUCUAUUGGGUAUUACACAAAAGAGGGAAUGCCAACCCGACAGUUGGAGAACAACGUUUGUGCUGUGUGCGGCAACAAGCUGUUGGUAGACGUCAAUGAAGAGGGAGUGCUCGAAAACACGUACAAGUUAACGUGCGGGCACGUGUUCCACGAGUUUUGUAUCCGCGGCUGGUGCAUUGUGGGCAAGAAGCAGACCUGUCCAUACUGCAAGGAGAAGGUGGAUCUUAAGCGCAUGUUCACCAACCCUUGGGACCGUCCACACAUCCUCUAUGGGCAGCUGCUAGACUGGAUCAGGUGGCUCGUGGCGUGGCAGCCCCUCAUCUUGUUUCUGGCACAAGGAAUCAACUGGCUGUUUGGACUGGAGUGA